UGCUGUCUUGAGUUCGAAUUCGUUUGAUUUCUGAAAUAACAUCCUUUUUCAGUCAGUGCUUCUAAGACCCAAAAAAAAAAAAAAAGGACCCAGUACAAUUUAAAAUUUGUGAGUUUACUUCACUUUAAGGUAAAUUCAUUAACACUUUAGUAUGAAAAUACAUACAUUAUAUACAAACACAGAUAAGAUCCUAUACAUAUUCCCAACAGUCAGCACAUUGUGCUUGACAGAUUGCUUACUCUAUAAAAUACUAGUUUAAUCAAUUCUAAAAUAAAUCAUUUAGUCUUAUAAAAAAUAAUUGAAAAAGAGUCUCUUCAGAAAACUAAGAAAGAGAAAAGGCUUUCUUUUCCUUCUGUUGCUGGAUAGUUAAACAAGGAAUUCCUAGGAAAGAUUAUGGUUCUCGGGUAUCCAAUCAAUUAAUCCCUCAAAUAGGGGAAGCCUAAGUGGAAAGGAAAGAGCAGGGUGAGGUGUAAGGGGGGAAGCCACAAAAUUGAAAGCUUUGCUCACUUGUUCCAAGGCUUGUUUAGCAAGCAGCGAGUGGAGCGCAUAAGCCCCUUUGGAGAUAGAGGUGAGAACUACACAAGCUCGUAAGUAAAGAAUGGAACGUAGAGAAAGAGAGGAGAGAGAAGAAGAAGAGAGAAAAUUGGUGAAGUAAUGGGAGUUGAACUUAUUAGCAAAAACAAUUUUAAUGACAAUUAUUAUAAUAGUUAUGAGUUAUUCCUGAAACAACCGAAAGCCUUUGUGAUGCAGAAUGCAUAUUAUUAGUUUUCCUAAUUCUACUUGGAUUAGUUUUCCUAUCUCUUAUUAGCUAAUUUGUUUUCCUAAUUCUUAAAGAUUCCUUCUUGUUAAAAGGAUCUCUUAUUAGUUAAUUUGCUUUCCUAUUUCUUAAAGUCUACUUUUCCUAGAUUAAAAAGGGUUUUGCCUCUAUAAAUAGAGUUGUUUGUAAUUUUUUAAGGCAGACUUGAUUAAUGAUAAAUUUCCUUACUUUAAACUCUCUGAUUCCUUCCCUUUCCCUUAGUCUCUUCGAUCUCUAGUUCUUCUCCUUGAUCCCUUAUUUCUUCUAUGUUCUAUUGCUCAAGCGUUUACUCUAAACUUACGGGCUGUUUACUCUAAACCUACGGGCUGUUCUACAUCAAUUGGUAAUCAGAGCUCCCUCGCUUUCGUUUGCGUUUGCUCUCUCCCAUGGCACCCCAAACCGUGGCCAGCCUUGCAGAACAAUUUUAUGCGUUCCAAGACAAAGUUUCUGACGAUAUAACUGGCAUGGAAACCCAACUCUCCAAACUCAGCGUUGACCUCAAAGACGAGUUGGUACAGGCUCCCACACAUCGUGUGAAGACGGACCUGGCCAUCACCAAACUCCAAGACUCCGUUCAGUUGCUUAUCAAUCACUUUCAGGCUGGAGAUGCUGAACCUUCUUCUACCUCCGCAUUGCUCUCGAGUUCCUCUACGCCAACACCAAAAAGUGGCCUUCUGCCCAAUCCACCAGUGGAUCAAAAACUCAAGGCCGUGCCAUACGGCAUGCCUCAUAGCUCCACUGGGCUCUCGCUUGAUGAUCCCAAGGCUCAAUUGGAGCCCCCCUUUUCUUUUGGGUCUUUGCCACCUGCCCAUUAUACCCAACACACAACGGGCCCUUCUACAGUUCCACAUGAUCAAGGCACUCAUCCCCCUCGCCAAUUUGACAACGAUGUCAUCCGCCUCAUCAAGCCUACCGCUCCUACUUUUGAUGGUCGUGGGGAUCCUACGAUGUUUCUUGACUGGGUUCAAGCCAUGGAAGAUUAUUUCUCCUAGUACAACUUGACAGAUGCUCAUAAACUUCGCAUUGGUAAGAUGACGCUACAGGGAGCCGCUAGACAAUAUUGGAAUUCGGUGGAGGAGCAACUAUAUCAAUUUGGACAGCCGCCUGUGACUCUAUGGGACGAGAUGAAAUUAAAGCUUCGCGAACAAUAUCUUCCCACCUUUUAUCGCCAUCAAUUGUAUGAUCAAUUAUGGACCCUUUCACAAGGAAGUUUGACUGUUACUGAAUUCCACGCUCGUUUUAUUGAACACAAGAUACGUGCAGGGAUUCGUGAAGAACCCGACAUCACUAUGUCUCGCUUUAUCCAUGGUCGAUAUCAGGCGUGAAGUCCGUUGAUUCCGUCCGCAUAUCUUGGAAGAUGCAUGUUGCCAUGCACCGGAAGCUAAAACUUUUUGGGGCCCACAACGUAUAUAUAUUGGGUAUUCCGGGCUCUCUUCCACUCCUACUCCAAAUCGUCGUACUCCUAGCUCCACAUAUGGCGUUGCCGGUCCACAUGCUCUUACGGUAUCCACAAUAGAAAAAGGACCAGCCCCAUACACGGCUGCUCACAUCGAAUGCUAUCGUUGCCAUGCUAAGGGCCACAUCGCCUCCCGUUGUCCACACCGAACUUUAACCAUUAGCUCCCUCCAUGAGGACUCUUGUGUGGACAUGUAUGUGGAGCCCCUUGAACCUAUUUAUGAUCCAGAACUUGAUAAUUGCUAUGAGGAGGCGUUUCACCAAGUGAGUGUCAUGCGUUGUAUUUAUUUAGCAUCUACACCUCCACCUCUUGAU